AUGAAUCCAUUAAAAGCGGUGGGUUCUGCAAUCAUCUCAGUACCAGAUACUCUAUUUGAUGGCUUCUCGAAGAUGAUUAGUCGGCGUCAACCAUCAGAUGUCAAUGGCAAUGUACAGACCACCACUGCAUCAACCAAUAACACGAAUUCGCGUUCCUCCACUCUCAGUGAUACCACCUCUAACCUCUCCAUCCUUGAUCAGGUAACCGACUUAUGGUCUAGGGGUGUGAAUUCCUACCGCCGAAUAAUUUUGACACAGUCGUAUAUGUUCUGGGGGAAGGGGGAGGAGUUCAUUUUAUGCCUGAGUUUUUUAUCCAUUUUUGAGAAGAGAUUUCGAUACACAAUAUGA